CUAGAAUUAUAGCAAGGUUCAACGUCAACUCUCAUUCUGCUCUCAGUCUCUCUCAGCGUUGUCAUCCUAUCGACAGUCCGUUCAUCUGUUCUCUCCGAUCGACUUCAGUACAAGUGCUCUGCUCGACGAUCCUUAUUCUACGGAUACUUCGAAUUUGUAUCGUCUUCAGCCAUUUGGUGCUCCGAGUUACACUUGGUCGCGCUGCUAACGUACUUCCUGAACGGAGCAUAGCCCUUGCACAGUAUCUAGUAGCCAAGCACCCUUGAAGUAGCUAUUGCUCAAGCUUCCAUGGGAUCUGCCCCAACAUCCAGAGCUACGUCGAUGAAGAAUCCACAUUCAGCUCCGUCUUUACCUGUCUCUUCUGCAAAGCGGAAGAAGCUGGAUGACGACUCUGAGAACGGAACCAGCAGAAAGCGCAACCGCGUGAGUUUUAGUUGCUCGGAGUGUCACAGGAGAAAACAAAAGUGCGAUCGCCAGAUGCCUUGCGCCCAUUGCAUCGCACGUAAGGUGCCUGAACUUUGCAAAGCGUAUACCCCAGGAAAAUCAGACCAAGACCUUGGUCUUCGGAUUGCUCGUUUGGAACAAAUAAUCGAAAUGGCUCUUCCACAGUUCUCUGACUUGGAAUCUUCUGGUUUCAAUGUUCCAGAAAGACAGCGGUCGAUGUCAAUGACAGAAGAUGAUGUACACUCUCAACAGGAGGAUCACGAUGCCAGCGGAGGGGCUUUUCAAAGUGGCAAAUGGUAUGGAAACAGUGCAUCGGGAAGUAUUGCACCUGCGUCGGUGCUCGAGCAACUUCAAAACGCUGUAAUGCCUCCAAAAGCGGCUUCGAGCAACCACACUAUCCAGUCCGUUGUGCCUGUUUUAGAACCGUCUGCGGCAGAUAAUCUGAAGACUUUGGUUCAAGAAUGCGGAGUAUCACCGCACAAGAUCCCCGAAAUUCUUCAAGAACUGCCACCACUCCGAUCAUCCGAUGCACUGAUCAAUUAUUAUUUUACCUCUCUAAAUUGGACUCGUUACGCUAUCUCUGAACCAGAGUUUCGUUCAGCGUAUGCUGCAGUGUCUGCUCAUGGCAGUCAUGGUCUGAGUGCUACUAAUCCCAAUGAUGUCCGAUUCCUUCCGCUUCUUUUUGUUGUCCUUGCGAUUUCCGUCAGACUUGCUCCUGAGGAAUUGGCUGGUGAUGCCCGCCAGAGAAGAAUAACAUCCCUACGAUAUUACUGGUCGUCCCGAAGAUCUCUUCUAAUUGCAGCCGCGAUACAACCAGACUCUCUAGACAUUGUCUUAACCCGUCUACUCAGUGCUCGAUUUCUGACGUUCGACCGUCGUAUCACUGAAUGUUGGAGUCAACUAGGCGCUGCCGUCCGAACUGCUGAAGCCUUGGGCUUGCAUCGCGAUGGUGCCUCAAUGGGUAUGGAACCUGCUAUGGUUGAAUACCGUCGUCGAAUAUGGCAAGUCUGGAUUGUGCCUAUCAACACUAUAUUCUCAUACUAUUUUAGGUCAUAUCUAUACCAUGCAGAUCGUUCAUACGCCCUCGUCUUGGGCAGGCCACAUUCAAUACAAGACGAUUAUACCUCGACCUUACCGCCUUCCAAUAUCGAUGAUGAUUCUCUCGCAGCUUUCAAACAGCCACCACCCCCCUUGUCAAUACCUACCCGUAUGACAUGUAUAAUCUUGCGCCACCAGCUGGCAACAAUAACUGGUCGCAUUGUACACCAUUUCCAGAAAGUCCGAACACCGAGUCACUAUUCGGAGGUUUGUGCGUUGGAUGACGAUAUUCUCCGAUAUGUGUCCAAUCUUCCUCCACAUUAUUCUCUCAAUCCCGACACCUCUCUGGACGAAGAAAAGCCCUACAUUCCCAUCCAUCGCUUUCUGCUGAUCACAGAAGUCCUCUUUGUACGGACCAGUCUGCAUCGUCCAUAUAUACUCCGUCGCCUGAGCUCAGAUCGCUAUGCGCGAUCUCGAGCAGCUUGUUUCGAAUCAGCCGUUAAGGACUACCAAGUUCGUCAGGCGUUUCGAGAAACAGCAGCGGAGGAGGUUCGUAUUUCAUUGGGGAAUGCAUACAGAGAAUUCCAGACUGCCAUGAUCAGUGGAAUAUACCUUGCCAUUUAUCCCAAUGGUGAAGAUGCUAGCAUCAUGCAUACCAUCCUAGAUACUUUUGUGUCUGAUCAUGACGGUCUAAGGGAAAUAGACGAGACCACGCGCAGAGAGCUCAAGACCAUAGAAUUUCUAAAGAGUAAAGCAUUACAACGAAGUAAACCAGAUCCUCCGUCCGUCACACCUACUACAAAUGGGGAUUCUACCAACGGCUCAGUAACGACGCCCGAUAAUGCCGCACAAUUGCUUCUUAACAUUCACCGUUCUCCCCCUGCUGUUGGUUCUCCCAAAGCACCAUUUCCGUCCUUGUUCAAUCUUGAUUCAGACCAUAUUAAUCCAACAUCAACAUAUAAUUACAAUGGGAAUCACGCAGCCGGCACCACUGCGCAUUUAACGCUGUCGCCGACCUAUCAACGUCUACAACAUCCCCCAGAAUACUCCCCAGCUUCAUCUAGUCCCGCUGCGGAGGAAUCUGAAUCUACCGCUCAGAUACUGUUUGAUCAUUGGUGUAACACUGUCAGCAAUGCACCUUUGGAAAGCUUGAAUGCACCUUUGGCUUGGGGUGGGCAGGGCGGAGCUGAUCUUUCUGGUUGGGCAGCGCAGGCAGCCGCGGGCUCAUCUGUGCAGCAGCUAACGGGCGCAGUGAACGGGGCAGUCAAUGGGUCAGACAAUCAAGAUUGGAGUUUUUAUUGGGAAGCGCUGGUCAAUCAAAUACCUCGAACGGAGUGA